AUGGGUUCGACCGAUAAGAGCCCCUCCAAAGGGGACUGGGAAGAUAUUGUCGCCCGGAAACGCCGAGAUCAGACCCAAGCAAUCGAGGCCUUCUUGCAGAGACAGCGGGGAGCAAAGUCAUUCAGUGAUGGCAUUGAUAUUGAAAUUUGUUCUCUGGAACACAAGGAAUUGUUUGAGGCGCUCGCCUCGGGCAAUCUGACCGCCGAAAGUGUGACCUUGGCUUACAUCAAUCGGGCGAUUCAGUCUCAUCAAAAGACAAAUUGCCUGACGGAAAUCCUGUUUGAGCAAGCUAUCCAGCGGUCCAGAGUUCUAGAUGAAUAUUUCCGUCGAGAAGGCAAACUCAUAGGCCCAUUACAUGGAAUUCCAGUUUCGCUCAAAGAUCAGUUUGAUAUCAAAGGAUUCGACUCGACUCUCGGCUAUGUGGGCAGGGCUUACUCUCCUUCCACCGAGGAUGCGGCCCUAGUCACUCUCUUAACUAGGCUGGGUGCCAUUGUUAUCGCCAAAACAAAUGUUCCCCAAAGUAUUAUGAUAGCGGAAACAAUUAACCCCCUCUGGGGUCUUACUGUCAAUCCAAAUGACCCGUCCUUCACCCCAGGCGGUUCUUCUGGAGGUGAAUCCGCCUUGCUCGCAUGCAAAGGCUCUAUGGUCGGAUUCGGAACGGAUAUCGGCGCAUCGAUCCGCCAACCCAGCAGUAUUAUGGGCUUGUAUGGACUCAAGCCGAGUAGUGGUCGGCUCCCAUACUAUAAUGUUUCUGUGUCUACUGAAGGGCAGGAGCACGUUCCAUCUGUCAUCGGGCCUAUGGCACGAUCCUUGCACUCGCUUACUGAAGUCACCAAGGCUGUGAUUAAUUCUCAACCUUCGGACCUGGAUCCACGAUGCAUUGACUUGCCGUGGAGGUCGCAUAUAUAUGACGAUUUUUUGACCCGCCCACUGACUAUUGGUGUCAUUUCAGACGAUGGUGUGGUGAAAAUCCACCCUCCCUUUCAACGGGCACUUGAUGACCUCGUAGGGAAACUUAAGUCUGCUGGUCACGAGAUUGUCACUUGGGAUCCAAUCGGCCAUGCAGACAUUAUUAAAGUCCAGGAUAAAUACUAUACAGCUGAUGGAGGCGAGGAUAUUCGCCGUGACAUUGCUGUUUGCAACGAGCCAUUCGUACCUCAAGUAAAGGCACUUGUCGACCGAGGAGAGCCCAUAUCCGUCUACCAAUACUGGCAGCUGAACCGCCAGAAGGUAAGUUUGCAGAAGAUGUACCUUGAUCACUGGAAUAAGACUCGAGGAUCGACCUCGGGGCGCAAGGUAGAUAUACUGCUCGCUCCAGUGGCGCCUCACCCUGCGGUUCCGCAUAAUUCUGUCCGCUGGGUCGGCUAUACCAAAGUAUGGAACUUCUUGGACUAUCCUGCCCUCGCAUUCCCUGUCACCACAGUGUCAAAAGACAUCGAUAUCCCGGAUCCCUUAUACAAGCCCCGGAAUCCAACAGAUGAAUGGAACUGGAACUUGUAUGACCCUGAGAAGAUGCAUGGCCAUCCAGUCGGGCUGCAGAUUAUCUCCCAAAGACUUCAGGAAGAGAAGGUCCUUGCGGCAGCCAAGGUUUUCGAAACUUUGCUUUCUUAA